UGUUGUCAAAAACCAGUUGCGAGGCCCCGACUCAUUGGCCGUCCCUCGGCUGAGUUUGAUACCAGCGGGCGCAGCCGCGGGCGCUGCUCGUUUGGUCCGGACGCUAGUGCUAGCGCCGGAGGUACGUGAGCCGAGAGAAUCUGGAUGUCGCGCCGACCGUGUGGACGUGGAUCCUCGCGCUCGCACCUUUAAAGAGGCCCAACAAGGCGUGCUCGAUGCACGAAUCCCAUCCUUCACCCUCUGACACAUUCGCAUCCACGCUCUCUCACGCACCGCCGCCCAACAUGCGCUCAAUCUUGGCCCUCGUAUCCGCUCUGCUCCUCGCAGGCCCUGCCCUCGCGUCGCCCAUGCCCACGCAAGUACCUCCCGCACGCCGUCAAUACCAGCCGGACGGGGGUGAUGGUGGGCCCGAAAUCCGCUCAUACGCCUCAUCCUUCAUCUCCUACCUGAAAGCCUCGGCGACGACCUCGUACUUCACCACGGAGACGGGGACGGCCUGCACCGCCCUGAUGUACGGCGGACAGUACUGCUGCCGCUCCAAUGUCGUGCUGGACGGGCAGUGCCUCGGCGGCUCGGUCGGGCAAAGCCUGCAAGGAGGCUCCUUUGUCGGUCGCUCCGACGGCGAAUACGUCUACUUGCCGCAGGGCGCCAACAACGGGUGGGUGGAGGGCUCCAACUGGGGCGUUCAGGUGACAUCGAUCGGCGACGAGACGACGGUCAACAUUACGGACAAUGAGGCAACGCAGUCGCCCAGUGUGUCAUCCGAGGCUGGGGCCUCGCAGACGUCGUCGUCCUCCUCCUCGAGCGCUACCGCUACGUCGUCGGAAGCGACGAGCACCACCGCCACCGCCAUCAACCGUGGAACGACCAUUGCCGCCUCCGUCACGGGAGAAGGCACCCAGGUAGUCAGCGCUGGCGGGGUGGUAGCCUCGGCUGUCGUGAGCAAUGGCGGAGGCGGUAGUGGUGGGAGCAACGGAGCUGCCACGCUAAAAGUCGGGCUGGGGUCCGUCGUCCUCGCCGUCGUAGCGGGGGCCCUGGCUCUGUGAUGACGCGUGCGUGCGUGCGUGCGUGCGUGAUAUACCCUUGCGAUCUCG